AAUUUUCCUAGAAAAAAAAUUUUAACCACCAAAAACUCAUCUUCCAUCACAGUGCACCAAAUGAAAAUAAAAUCCAAAGUAUUCAGAUAUAGCUAACAGAUUAACCAAACAAAAAAAAAAGAACAGAAAAACAAGAAAAAAAAAUGGCAAUGGCCAUGGCACUUCGCAGACUCUCUUCUUCCAUUGACAAGCCUAUCCGUCCUCUUUACAAUGCUACCUCUCUCAAAUACAUGACUUCUUUGCCUGAUGCUGUAUAUGAGAAGGAGAAACCUGGUGUCACUUGGCCGAAGCAGCUUAAUGCUCCGCUGGAGGUUGUCGAUCCUGAAAUCGCUGACAUUAUCGACCUCGAAAAAUCUCGCCAAUGGAAGGGGCUCGAACUCAUACCUUCAGAAAACUUCACUUCUGUAUCAGUGAUGCAAGCUGUUGGAUCUGUUAUGACCAACAAGUACAGUGAAGGAUAUCCUGGUGCUAGAUACUAUGGAGGAAAUGAGUAUAUUGACAUGGCAGAAUCCUUAUGUCAGAAGCGCGCAUUGGAAGCAUUUCGACUGGAUCCUGCAAAAUGGGGAGUGAAUGUGCAGUCUCUGUCAGGAUCUCCAGCCAAUUUUCAGGUUUACACUGCAUUGUUAAAACCUCAUGAAAGAAUCAUGGCCCUUGAUCUUCCUCAUGGUGGACAUCUUUCUCACGGAUAUCAGACAGACACAAAAAAGAUAUCUGCAGUGUCAAUAUUUUUUGAGACAAUGCCUUACAGAUUGAAUGAGAGCACUGGCUUAAUUGACUAUGAUCAGAUGGAGAAAAGUGCAGUCCUUUUCAGACCAAAGUUAAUAGUUGCUGGUGCGAGCGCUUAUGCACGUCUGUAUGAUUACGAACGCAUUCGCAAGGUUUGCGACAAACACAAAGCUGUCAUGUUGGCAGAUAUGGCACAUAUUAGUGGAUUGGUUGCAGCUGGUGUCAUUCCAUCACCCUUUGACUAUGCAGAUGUAGUGACAACCACAACCCACAAGUCCCUUCGCGGGCCUCGCGGAGCCAUGAUUUUCUUCAGAAAAGGAGUGAAAGAGGUCAACAAACAAGGCAAAGAGGUUCUGUAUGACUAUGAAGAUAAAAUCAAUCAAUCUGUUUUUCCUGGACUUCAAGGGGGGCCUCACAACCACACGAUUGCUGGGUUGGCAGUUGCAUUGAAACAGGCUACAACUCCAGAAUACAAAGCUUACCAAGAGCAAGUUCUCAGCAACUGCGCAAAAUUUGCAGAGGCUUUAGCUGAGAAGGGAUAUGAACUUGUUUCUGGAGGAACUGAGAACCACUUAGUUUUGGUGAAUAUGAAGAACAAGGGUAUUGAUGGCUCCAGAGUUGAAAAGGUGCUGGAAGCUGUUCACAUUGCUGCAAAUAAAAACACAGUUCCUGGAGAUGUAUCUGCCAUGGUUCCUGGUGGCAUAAGAAUGGGCACCCCUGCUCUUACAUCUAGGGGAUUUGUCGAGGAGGACUUCGUUAAGGUAGCAGAAUUCUUUGAUGCUGCUGUUAAGUUGGCAGUCAAAAUCAAGGGUGAAGCCAAAGGGACAAAAUUGAAGGACUUCGUGGCUGCAAUUCCCCAGUUCCAAUCUGAGUUAUCAAAACUCCGGCUCAACGUUGAAGAGUUUGCCAAGCAAUUCCCAACUAUUGGUUUUGAGAAAGAAACCAUGAAGUACAAGAACUGAACACAAAAGCUCAACUGCUUCAGGAUAACGGAUUUUCAAAGAGGUUUUCUACGUAGUGGAAGGUGUAUGAGGACUGGUUUUUAGAUAUGGAUCUUGUCAAGGAUGCGAAUUUGGAGCUUUUCAUCCAUCUAAAACUUGCAAAACCUUGAUCUCUAUCUCUGGUUUACAUGUAUAUACUUUACAUAUGAAGUGAAAGCCAAAUAACUAUAUCAGAAAACUUGCUUUCCUCAAUCUAAAUUUUACCAUCUUAAUCUUAA